UUUUAAUCUAAGGGAAAAAGAGAAAUAAUGAUGAAACUAGGUUCAAAACUAUGGUAAAAUAUUCAAAAUGGCGCUUAAAACUGUUAUAGUACCAUGAAUCCAUGACCACGAGCCAGAUGACCAUGAGCAUGACAUUAAAAUAAGAGAAAAACUUGGUUAAAUCAAACCUCCACUUUUAAGUGAGACUAAUGUUAUAAUUUGGAAUAAUAUUACUGUAUUAUUCUUCUAAUAAUAACUUGCUGGUAAUUUGAAGUUGUUUCAUCGUCAUCCACCUCCCUAUCUAUCUCCUAUUUACAAUUAGACGAAGGGGAUGUUGGAUUGUUGGAUCAUCUAGUACGGCGUUACAACCCAUUCCAUUUCUCAUAGUACAAUGAUGGUAAUUGGCGUCGGAAUUGCAAGGCCGCCGCCGCCGUCGCAGUUGAAGUUGCAGAUUUGUUGUGCGUUGAGCAAGCAAGGCGACCGUUUUCUCCGCUCCCUCGUUGUUACCUCGCCCAACCACAACCUCCAUAGCUUGCUUCGGAAGUUCGUCUCAUCCUCUUCCAAAAAUGUUGCUAUUACCACUCUUUCCCAUCUCCUCUCCCCCACCACCACCGCUACCCAUCCUCGCCUCUCAUCGUUUGCCCUCCCUUUGUACUUGGUGAUAACUGAGGCCUCGUGGUUCGAUUGGAAUCCUAAGCUAGUAGCGGACCUCAUCGCUCUGUUGCACAAGCAGCAACGAUUUGAUGAAGCUGGAACCCUAGUUGCGGAAACGGUCUCCAAAUUAAGCCCCCGGAAGCGCGAUUUGUGUAGCUUCUACUGUCACCUAAUCGAUUCGCAAUCCAAACACAAGUUACGGGAAGGAGUUUUCGAGAGUUACGCCCAAUUGAAGCAGUUGCUUCUUUCAGGCUCUUCCUCCUCGGAUUACUUGAAGCGACGUGGAUAUGAAUCCAUGAUCAAAGCCAUGUGUGAGGUUGGAUUACCUUUUGAAGCUGAGGAGAUGAUGGAGGAAAUGAGAGGUCUAGGGCUGAAGCCAUCCAAGUUCGAGUUUCGUUGUCUGGUUUAUGCAUACGGAAAAAUUGGGCUCUUUGGAGAGAUGAAGAGGAUUGUGGAUCAAGUGGAGGGAGAAGGAUUCCCGCCAGACACCAUUAUUUCAAAUAUGGUUCUUUCCUCCCUUGGAGCUCACAGAGAGUUGGCAGAAAUGUGCUGUUGGCUUCAAAAGAUGAAAGCUUUAGGCGUUGUGAUUUCAAUUAGGACUUACAAUUCAGUAUUGAAUUCAUGCCCUAAAUUAAACCUAUUGCUGCAUGGCAACAUGAAGAAUAUGCCUCUUUCACUUGAAGGGUUAGCCGAGGAUCUGAGUGGGGACGAACGUUCACUAGUUCUCCACCUGGUUGAUGCAUCAUCAACAUCAGUUUUGAAGGAGGUGAUGGAGUGGAAGGCGUCGGAAUUGAAGUUGGAUCUGCAUGGAAUGCAUUUAUGCUCGGCAUAUUUGAUUAUGUUACAGUGGUUCGACGAGCUUCAAUCAAAAUUUCAAGCAGGAAAUGAUUACGAGCUUCCAAAUGAGAUUAGGGUAGUAUGUGGGUCAGGAAAGCACAGUGCUGUUAGAGGGAAAUCUCCGGUGAAAGAUUUGGUGAAGAAAAUGAUAGUGCAGAUGAAGUGUCCGCUUAGGAAUGAUGACAAAAAUAUUGGAUGCUUUGUUGCCAAAGGGAAUGUUCUCAAAGAGUGGUUGAUGCUAUAUCAUUAUCAUAUGAAGCCAGCCAACCAGCCAGCCUCUAGAAUUGGAUUUUCAUCAUUUUGCUCACAAUAACACCAUUGGCAGUUGAAACAUAUAACAUCAACUGUCUGUGUACAUCCUAGAUUUCUUUCUAUUGGGGUAUUUUCUGGAUCUAUGGCUGACAUGGUUAAACAAAAUUGAAGACUGCUCCACGCGUGCACUUAAUCCAAUCCCGUCUUCAACCACCAAUUCUUGCUGCCAAUUUACAUCAAAUCAGAGAACUUUAGUUGAAAAAUCAUCACUGAAUUUAUUUUUUUUUUAAAUUAAAGCUGAAAGAGAAGCUGACAAAUCAACUAUACCAGCUUGUCCAAUUUCUCCAGGUUGCCGGUUACCAACAAGUGAGCAGCGAGGGCAAUUGCUAACUAGACAAGUUGAUCAGAACUCAAGCUCAAUGGUGGGUGGGCUAUUCUGUUGAAUCUGCUGGUAAGCACCAUGUAAAAACACCCCUGCCCUAAAUCACCGACUUUGCACAGGAGAGAGGAAGCAAGAGGAUGGAAAUUACCAUCUUAAACACCUCUACUGCAGGUUAUACCUAAGUACUCAGUUGUAUGCCUCUGUGCAUACUCACAGAUGGGGCUUUCUGUAAGUGGCAUAAAAUUUGGAAAGGAGACCAAGAAUAAGGCCUGAUGGAUGUCAAUCAUUGAGAAAUCUGAAUACUAGUAACCUCAAAACCAAGGCAUCCACCAUAUGUACAUUUUGCCAAGAUUUUUGUGCGACACUGCUUCAGCAAUCAAGCGCCGAGCUUGUCCUUCUACUGCUAGAGGCAAAGAAGGUGCAGCUCCAACACCAACUACUACUCCUUGUAAGCGUGCUUCAAUGUGGCUGAUUGCCCUCUGCAUUUUGAGGAAAGACGAUUGUCAAAAGUAUUUCCAUUAACACUUACAUAUUCAAUCAUCAUUAACUAUGUAUUCAAUUUUAUGUGAAGCCAAAGUUGCAUAUUAACCACUGUAAGUACCUAAGCCUUCAUAGCUAGGCAAUAACUGAUAUAACGAAAGAUCAAUACUUGACUGAAA